AUGGCACCCCACAAAUCGUGGGCGGAGAUCGUGCAGGGGGCGCGCCGAGCUCCCUCGGGCCUUGCGCCCCCCCUCCCGGUGCUGCCCCCGUCCUCCUCCUCCUCAAUCUCGGUGGUGGUGGCCGAGCCUGAGCAGCCGCAGCCGCAACAACAACAGCAGCAGCAAGGUGGUGCGGGUGCCACAGGCACCAGUCGAUCCUAUGCAUCGGCUGUGAAGGGCAGCCAUAGCCCGCCGCCGCUGCCACCACCACCACCACCAUCACCAUCACCAUCACCAUCACCACCACCAGCGGAGAUGGCCUUUGCGGUCUCUCCAGAUCUUCCUGCGGUGACUGCGCCUGCGCCCUCGCCCUCAACCUCGCCCACGCCCACGCCCACGCCCAGCGGUGCGUUUGCGCACCUCUGGACGAGGCCAGAGGGGCACGACGUGGUCAUUGUCUGUGGAAAGGCUGGGUGGAUGGUUCACCGACAUGUGCUAGUAAGCAUGUCAGAGUGGAUGGAGAAGUAUCUCCCACCGGAGAGCGAAGAUGGAAAGCCAGUACUCUGGAAUCUCGACCCAGUCACCUGGAACCCAGGCAGACUUGAAGCGAUCCUUCGCUUCAUGUACUACGAAGAGUACCCAGUUGGUGAUUACAACCCCGAGAAGCCACUGGCAACGGAAAGCAUCAUGCACAAUGUCGCUCACUACAUUGCUGGCGCUGCUGUGCUUUGCCGUCCAAUGAUGGACUUCGCACUGAGUCGCAUCGAAGAGGCAACAGCCGAGAUUACCAAGAAGCUGCCCACCCUCCGACACGCCCAGCUCGAGAACUUCGAGUACGGACUCCGCAUGGCACUGCUCAACAUGUACGCCGAGCCUGACCAGUGGCGCAUCCGAGCACUUCGCAUUGUGAUGGGAAAGCUCAUGGCCGCUUGCUUCCACAUCAUCCUCCAGAGUCCAAGUUGGGCCCGCAAAUUCGAGAAACUUUGGGGCAGCCUCCGCGUCCGUGUCGUCGCUGACCACAAGUGGCUGUACCAGGCGGAAUUGUGCGAAAAGAACGCCGUCAUCAUGCACGGAUUCGAGCUCAUGAAUAUUCGUUGGGCAAGGUAUCGAGGUGUUGACUGGCAGCCUGCUGAUGACCUCAUGUUUCCAGAGGACGAGGUCGAUACCCUACCGAAGCCACCUCCACACUCCCCUCCCUCUACACCCCAUCGCAAGAAGAAGAUGACCAAGGCCAUACCCAUUAUCAGCCCUGGUGGAACCAUCGCACCGCGCCCCAACACCCUACCUCGCGGUCGAGGCAAAGGACGUGGAGGGCCUACUGGAUUGGUUGAGCCAGCGCCCCAGCCUGUCCGUGGCCAAGGCAAGCAGAAGAAGAAGGCUCAGGGUACUGAAAAGACUGUCAUCGGAGCUACCGAUGAGGCUGGACCGUCCUCUACUAGCGAGGCGACGUCAACUCCUGCUGCUGAAGCUACCAGCGAGGCAGGCCCAUCAUCUACCGUCGCUCGAGACGAUCCUUUUGUGCUUGCACCCUCGGAGUCCAACGAUACCAACGUCGCCUACUGGGCAUACAUUUCGAGCCGAUCCGGCUUCCCUCCUUCCGAACUCGGUUUCACUUCUCAAAUCGGCCCUUUAACGAGGCGUGCUUCAUCGCCCAGCCGUCCAUCGUCUUCCUCAUCGGCGCUGUCCGCCGCCGCCGAGCCCUUCCUGCCAAGCGGAUCACUGUAUUCUGCUGGAACCUCCGCGGGCGAGCCUUCAUCUUCGACCAUCCACGUAGAUCCACGCACUUCCUCCGAAUAUCUCGACUCUCCCUCCCGUCUUGCCGAAUUGUAUGGAACCAGUGAGGAUGUGCCGAGCAGUGGCAAGGGCAAGGGCAAGGAAGUUGCUGAUCUUGUGACACCCGGCUCCUCGUUCAGCCAGAGUGACGAUAUGGCCACGACCAGUGAGCAGGCGAACCAGGAUGAGGCCGAAGAGCACAUUAUUCCGGUACUCUCGUCGCUAAACAUCAGGAAGAACGAUGACGACAAUACAUUUGGUUCCCCGUCACGUGAGAGCCAGAACGAGGACGACGUCUGA